CCAAAAUUUAGCAACGACCUCAAGAUUAUCAACGGCGUUGGCACUCCUCAAGUCAAAAAUGGGUUCUACAAGAUUGUACUGCAAAGGCCGUAUCAUGGGACACAAACGUGCCAAACGUAACACUCGUCCUAAUACCUCACUCCUCCAAAUCGAGGGUGUCGCAACCAAGGAGGAUGCCCAGUUCUAUCUCGGGAAACGUGUUGCCUUUGUCUAUAAAGCCAAGCGGGAGAUUCAUGGCUCGAAGGUGCGAGUGAUCUGGGGGCGUGUCACCCGGCCACACGGCAGCUCUGGUGUCGUUAAAUCAAAAUUCCGUUCCAACCUUCCUCCUCGUGCAUUUGGUGCCAGUGUCCGGGUGAUGCUUUACCCCUCGACGAUUUAAUACUGUGUACAUUCAUGGCUUGCUAUCAUACCUAUUCACCCAUGCAAUAUGACUCGAC